CCCCAGAAACUCGUUACUGUCACCGCCGGUGAGCUUACCUCCAACCCACACCCCCAAAGUUCCUCAUGGAUCGCUGGACGGGCGUCGUCAAAACCCCCAUCUUUAACCUCACUGCCUCUCUCCUCUUCUCCCCUUCCUCCAAAACCCUAAUCGCGCCUUCGAUCAACGCGAUCUUCUUCAACGGCGAUCGAGUGCGGGGCACGGGGAAUCCAGUGAUCGAGAGGCUCUCGGAUUCGGGAUUCAUUGCUCAAUUGCUCGUGUCGAAGCUCGGGAGCUCAGCAAACGCUUGGGUUUUCGAAGCCGAGAGGUUCAAUGGGCCGUUUGCAGUUUACAGAGAGUUCGUGCCGUCGGUGGAUUCGAUGGGGGAUCCUAAGGGGUAUGAUCCUGAUGGGUUCCCUGCUUCUGUCAAUGUUGCUAGUGUUUUGUGUGAGGCUGUUCAAAAGAUCAAAAGCGUAUUGUCGAGCAUGCCAACAGAAUCAGCAGCAGCCGGCGUACUUUCUUCUGCAACUCCGCCAGAAACUGCUCUUCCUAAAACAAUCAUUUUGGGAUUUAGCAAGGGUGGGAUUGUUUUGAACCAGAUCAUAGCUGAACUUGCUCACAUGGAACCUCAAUCAUCCUAUACAAUACAAGAUCACGUCUGUCCUAUUUCAAAGGAUGAACUUUUAUCUACCAUCUCUGAGAUCCACUACAUCGAUGUUGGCUUAAACAGGACAGGAGCAUAUUUAACAGACAAAUCUAUUAUUAAAAAAGCUGUUGAAAACUUGCUGGUGAGUAAUGAUCGGGUUCGUUUUAUACUUCAUGGAACUCCGAGACAAUGGUGUGAUAAAAACCGACCAUGGAUUUGUAAAGAGAAAGACUUUCUGCUGAAACUGCUUAAUGAAGAAGCUCAAAGAAGUGAAGGAAAAUUGCAGGCAAUUGAAAGGUACUAUUCUAUUAAUAUGCCCCCUAGUUUGCAAAUGCAUUUUGAAAUAAUUGAAAGUAUGGAUAUCAACUGAGUUAUUUUCAGCUUAUAACAAUAAAUGUUGUUGUACAAUUUAUUUCUCAAUGUCAGAAAUAUCAGUUUGAUUUUGCUGAUCUUUCUUUUUUAUUUCUUCCGCCAUUUUGUAUGUGGUGCUAUAGUUUGCUGCAGUCACUUUGCUUCCAACCUCAUCAAAUCCUCAAUUCCAUUUGUUGAAGUAUUUGAGAAUCCAUAUUUUUGUUUAUGUAUAUAUAGUAUUGCUA